AUGGCCUCUUCCAGCGACAGUCCACAGUCCAUAAGAACAGUUUUGAAAAAUCUGAAAAGCAUAAAGAGAAUAGCGUUCGACAUAGGUCAGUCGGUUGUGAAGAUUGCUUAUACGGCUACAGUUGCUCGUAAGAAAACAACUCAUGAUAAGAAGUUAAUAAAUGAUGAUAAGUUUGCACUGCGACUCUAUUGUAUUCAAGUGAGACUUGAAGAUUUUGAGGACGUGCUUGACUACAUCGCAGAAAAUGGUAAUAUUGCAACUAAUAAAGCCACGUUUGCGAGUACCUCUCCUACUCAUGCCGUGGAGAUGAUGAUAGUUGAGAAGCUAGGACUUGAACUUCAUAAGGUCAAGGAAAUGGACUGUUUGGUUCGCGGGACGAAUUUUUUGAUACGAAAUAUUGAAGCAGAAUCCUUCACUUAUGAUCAUCAUCAUGAGCAAUGCCGUUAUCAUUUUGAAACCAUUCGGCCUUCUGUUAUUUGUCCAUACUUGUUGGUUAAUGUGGACAGUGAUGACAAGUACGAACGCGUUGGUGGUAGCUCCUUAGGUGGUGGAUGUUUCUUCGGCUUGGGCAAUCUUCUCACUGCAGAAGUAGACUUGGACGAAAUGAUGCGUAUGGCUGAGGAUGGUGACCACCGACAGUUCGAUAUAUUGGUGUCUGACAUUUAUGGAGGAAAGUAA